AUGCCGAUACGGGCCAAGGGCGGUGGCAGCGCUCUUCCGCCUCUCCCAACCCGCCUUCGCAACCACGCAUCACUCCGGCGGACUGCAUUAUCAAUCGCCAUCUCCUCCGCAAAGCCUGAUACCCUUUCAGUUGCUCAAUAUGAAAGCCCGGUCUCUUCAUGGGAGGAAGAUUCAAAGACAAAGGCGCCUAUGUUAUCCUUGGACCCGUCUCUGGACCUAUUGGCCCUUCGCCGCAUGGAGGACGGAAUUGAGAUGUUUUUCGCAGACCUCUAUUUUGCUAGCGUGGGCAUGGAAGAGACCAUUACCGAAAUGCAGGCAGCCGAUGUCCAAGCCUGCUCAAAGCACUACAUCGGCAACGAACAAGAGACCCAACGAAACCCGAACGUAUCUGUCGAGGAUAAGACAAUCGAAGCCAUUGCUUCCAACAUCCACGACCAGACCAUGCACCAGCCCUAA